GACACCCACUUGGCCCAGAUCCCGGGAGGGAAAAGGGGAAGGGGGAGUGGCAGGACGGGGCGGGCCGGGCUGGGCCGGGCCAGAGAGGUGGUCCCUGGAUCUCCAGCUUGCUCGCUCUGACCCCGCGGGACUGCGUCAUGGUUUGGCCUCUGGCUGCGGUCGCGGGCAGGAGGGCAGUUGGGCUCCGACUCGGACUCCGCCAGGGGCCUCUCCUAGGCAGCCCCUUCGGGCCCGUUGCUCCCUUGGCCCCGCGCCUUCUGCUCCUGCUCGGGCCUAGCCCCAUGCACGCACAAAUAAGCUUCCUUGGAACAGGAGGCAGUGGCGGCAGCCGCAGCAGCAGCAGCAGCAGCGGUAGUCCUGGUAGCAGCAGCAGCAGCAGCAGCACCAGCAGCAGCAGCCUAGUCGAUAGCAGCAGCUCGGGCAGCGCCGGCCCCCAAGACCCAAAGAAAACAGAGAGAGCACCCACAGACUCCAGCAUUAUGGAUGAGAACAAACAAAGCAAACGCCAGCAGCUGAAAAAGGUUUUUAAAGAAUAUGGAGCUGUAGCUGUUUCAUUGCAUAUUGGGAUCUCAUUAACAUCUUUGGGAAUAUUCUACUUGGUUGUUUCAAGUGGUGUAGAUGUAUCUUCCUUUCUCUUCAAACUCGGGUUUGCAGAAUCGCUCCACGGCUCUAAGAUUGUCACCGGCACUAGUACAUUUGUGAUGGCCUACGCUAUUCACAAACUGUUUGCCCCAGUAAGAAUUAGCAUCACAUUAUUUUCUCUGCCACUAGUUGUCAGAUACUUUCGGAAGGUGGGUUUUUUUAAGGCUUCAGGGAGCAAGCCUUGAUUCAUAAACACAGCAUAUAAACUUGUCUCUUAAGUCUUAAGCAUUUUGGAGAGAGAGAGAGAGAGAGAGAGAGAGAGAGAGAGAGAGAGAGAGAGAGAGAGAGAGAGAGAAGAGAGUGUGUGUGUGUGUGUGUGUGUGUGUGUGUGUGUGUGUGUAAAUCACUCAUUACCAUCCCUGGUUUUAAGCAGCUGUACUUGAAAAACAAAUAUCCACUUAACAUUAACUACUAUGAGUUUGGUAUAAAAGAACCACACAUACCCAAAGACUGCCAGACUGGGAUGCAACAGCAUAACUGAGUCAAGUACCCAGGUUGUGGCCUAGAUAGGACAAGUCACCUUCUCUGGCCUCUUUUCCCUCAGUAAAAUGAGGUGGUUGGACUCGAUGAUCUCUGAGCUCCUCUCUAAUUCUUACACUCUGUGAUAGAGUGAAUGUCUGUACCUCCCAUUAUGUCAGCAGAACUUAAAGAAACUGACUGAUCCUCAAAUAGAAUCACCAGGUAAUUCAGUGAGAGGAGAUUGAUGAGUCUGCAAAAGCCUGAGGUAGGUUGGGAAGGAAUAGGAAGGGGCCGCUGCUCUCUGAGUGAGUUUAUAAAAAACAGUGAUUGAAGCUUACUUUUAGAAAUCCUGUCUUCUCUGAUACUUGGCAGACUGCCUAUGGCUAAAUGUGGAAUAUUAUUUCUGCAGAACAGCUGCACUUCUAUGAUUAAUGAUGGCAAAUUUGAGGCUUGAUACCAUAUAAUCAGGGUCCAGAUGAGCAGUCACACUUUAGUGACACUCAUUAGUUUUGUUUUGGAACAUUUAAAAAAUAGUUCCUGGUAAUGAUUGCACUGACUUCCAAUAGAGCACCUUGGAAUGUAAACAUUUCAGGAUGCUGCCUUACUUUCAUUAAGUUUUUUGGUGGAUCGAGGCCUAGCUGCUAUUGUGUUUCUUUAUUCAGGUAAACUUGGAAGCAUGUUUUCAGUAGUAGUCAUGGCAAUAAAGGGCCAUUGAGCAUCAUUCAUAGAAAUCCUGAAAUUAAAGGGAUGUUAAACCUAUCUGGUUUUACCUGGAAUUGAACUUCUAGCAAUAUAGAGUCAUGUGUCCCAGGGACCUUUCCAUGUUAAUAGAUGACAAUGAGAAAAAACAAACUCACAAAGUAGUAAAUGAGAAUUUGACCCUGACGUUUGUUUUAAAUGUUGUUCUUGUCAACAUAUAGGUAAGUUACCACUUUGCAGCUAGGUGGUGCUAUGAGUCAGCAUCAAACUCCAGAUCCUGCCUUAGACAGCCAUAUGACCCUGAGUGAGUCACUUAACUUUUUUCUGUCUCAGUUUCCUCAUCUGCAUCUAAUAAUAGCAUCUAACUCCCAGAAUUGUUGUGAGGAUCGAAUAAGAUAAAUAUACAUGAAAUAUACAGAACAAAUAAUCAGAAAGCUUUGGGCUCUGAGGGGAAGUUGUACUUUAGAUAUAAAAAUUAACUUGCUAGAUGUGUUAUUUUAUAUGCUUUGCAAACCUUAACUAUUAUUAUUGCUGGAAGAAUCACUAUGCAGAAUUAGAUGACUUUUCCCCUAGUUUUGUUUUGGUUUGGUUUUGUUUUUAAAGCAAUCUGUCUCGCACUGAGUAGUCUUAAAUGGCUAUAGACCCUUGGUGUUCUGGAUUUCAGGGAAUUGUUCUUGUUCUAAAAGUAGGUCCACUAAAAUGGAUAAUUUGUGAGCUAGUUUAAGACUUUGAGAAUUAGUCAUUUUCCUGUCUACCUUAUACAGCAGAAACCACAAACUCCCCCUUAAAGGCUUGGUUUUACCUGGACAACAAAAGGGGGAUGUGUGAAAAUAAUUAGUAAAUUUGUACUUCCUGCCCUUCCAUUCUACUCCCUGCAUUUUACCUGCAAAACUGCUUUCAAAAGUUCAGAUGCUUCAAGGACUGGAAUUUAAGAAUACCUUGUGGUACCAAGCUGCGUCAAUUGAUACAAUGUAUUUUUUAUGUGUGUAUGUGGUUGUUCAUAAAGCGAAGAAAAUAGUAGGCAAAAAAUUUUAUUUCAAAAUAAAAUUAUAAUCAAAUUUUUGCAUCAACUGAUAGACCUGAUUCUAGUGUUAAGGAUUGUUGAGAGACUCUAAUAAGAAUGUUAAAAUAAAGUACUUUAUAUUUGAAAAGUAGCAUAAAUCCCAUUGUGGUAUACUGUGCUUCAGAGACCCAUGAUUCCAUCAGUGUGAUAGGUACGACAUCUCCUAACACAAAGCACAGCUGCCUGAUGCUUUAAAAAAAUUGUUGUGUGAAUUUUUGUGGCUGAAAAAAUUAAACACUUGGUCGUCCACCCACCAGCAAUGACCACAUUUAGUCCAUCUCCAGGCACAUACUCAAAGAGUUUUGUAGCUGGCACUUAUGCUCCAUUGGCCCAGCCUUCAGGAAGCCACGGUCAUCUUCACAUCACUGUGAGACAUGAGGUGAAGAUCUGAGUAAAUGAAGAAAAAAACUCUUAAGUAAUUGCAAUGGUGAUUACAAUAUUAUCUCACCAAGUUAAUUGCCAUAUUACUGUCUAUCUGAGCCACCAUUCCAUUGAAUUUUAAUUCUCCUUUCCAUAGUCAACGAGUAGAAUGAGUAAUCAGAAGGCUUUGGACUUAGGGAAAUUGUACUUUAUAAAAAUUAACUUGCUUGAUGUAUAAUUUUAUAUUUUCAUAGUUGAUUUUCAAGGAAAUAAUAAACAAAACUGGACUUCAUUCUGCUUGCAAGAACAAACUAAGCCAUUUUUUAAAAAUCACCCAGUCAAUUAUGUUUUUGGGGAAAGUAGGAUGUAUAAUGAAAUAUGUAUAAAUAGAGGAGGCAUUUUUGUAAGGCAUAUUUUGUGUAAUGGGAAUAUUUUUCAUCUUAACAGUAAUUAUUUCUGAUUUUAAAAGCAGUAGCUGAAGAAACUAUAUUGUACUAUGGGUGUUGCAGAAUUACAAUAAAAUGUUUUGUUAGCA